AUGACAAAAUUUAUGAGCGAAAUAAACAUUUUAUUCAUCUUAAAGAUGAAAGCACUCAGCUUAUAUCUGACAGUUGUGUUCGACAAUCAAAUGCAUAAGCAAAGGCAGAAAUUCCAAAAAUAUACAAAAGACUCAUGUUUAAGCACUGCUUGUCUCAUCUACACCAAACCUGUUUUUAACAACAAUUCAUCGUACACUAUGGAAAUGGUUUCUUGUGAGGAAAAAUUACUUCAAAUCGUGAUGAAAAUUCUUCGCUUUGAAUUGACGAUGUUAAUAAAUUUUCUUCUUCCUGCCAUGUCCAUGACUUGA